CAGCGAGAAAAAAAGUUAACAAGAACCAUACGUUUUAAUUUUUCCCCCCUCCUAACUCCCCCACCCUUCACAAGUCUCCUCCCUGGUUUUCUCCAAUCGGCCCAGUCCUCUCUGAAACAAGGCUCUUUGUAGCGGAGGAAAUUGUGUACUUCGGGAGCACUGGGGUAGGCUGAGAGCAGAUUUCCUGUCAGGGCCACUGCUAAGAAAAAGCAGGGCCAGUUAUCUCCAUACCAGAGAGAGUAACAGCAACCAGCCACCCCUCCCCUGUUUUUCCUCCCCUUCACAGUCCUGACAUCUCAGACCUCACCACCAGCCAGCUCGUGCCACCACAGCCAGCUGCCCUCCGACAGGACUGGCUCGCCGUGGAAACAACAACAAGAAGGACAAAAAAAAAAUCCCAUCUCCUAGCCUCACUUCCCACAUUUCCUGAGGCACAAGCCUGGAGACCAGGGAGAUGCCGAAGAGAGGAGGACGGGGGGCAGAGAAAAAGGAAAGGCAGAGCGAGUGAAAAAAGAACAGGAAACAAACACGUUCUGCUGCUGCUUUAGCAAAGAGACGGACAUAAAUCUUUCUGGGAUCGCGAAGUUCACAACCGCACAGCAGAGAGCUCCAGAGAGUGACGGGACGGUCUGUCAACUACCGCUGGUUUACACACCUGCAAAGACCAGAGGACAGAAGAAAAUAAGGAGGCACUGACAACAACCAUGUCAGGAUACUUCACCCAGGCUUCUUUAAACUCCUCUCACUCCUCUUGGCUGUAGCAUGUUUCUGUCAGGAUGUAAAAUCUCGUUCUCCCUCUGGAGAUGAAGUGGGUUUUCUGAUCUUAGUGCGGAGUGUAGUUUGUUCAGCGAUCUUCCUCUGUGCCAGCCCCCCGAGGACAUUGUGGAGACCAAUGGUUGUGGAUUUGGGGCUCAAGUCAUUUUGAACUGAAGUGUUACUAUCUGGAGAUUUCAGGGUUCCCUAAUGAAGAACAAGGCGGCAAAGCAGAAAUCCAAAAGGAAAGGGAGUGUGAGUGCUUUUGGAUGUGAUCUGACGGAAUACCUACAGAGCUCAGGACAAGAUGUUCCUCAGGUUCUUAAGAGCUGUGCAGAGUUCAUUGAAGAGCAUGGCAUUGUGGACGGGAUCUACAGGCUCUCAGGGAUCACUUCCAACAUCCAAAGACUCAGACAGGAGUUUGGCUCCGACCAGAGCCCAGACCUGACGAGAGAGGUGUACCUCCAGGACAUCCACUGCGUGGGCUCACUCUGCAAGCUCUACUUCAGGGAGCUGCCCAACCCUCUGCUCACCUAUGACCUGUAUAAGAAAUUCACGGAUGCAGUGGCAGCAAAGGAUGAACAGGAACAACUGGCCUGCAUUCAGAAUGUCAUCAAAGAGCUUCCCGCUUCUCACUACCGAACUUUGGAAUAUCUGGUCAAACACCUGACACACCUGGCCUCCUUCAGCGCUCAGACAAACAUGCAUGCCAGGAACCUGGCCCUGGUGUGGGCACCAAACCUCCUCAGGUCCAAGGAGAUUGAAGUGUCAGCGUGCAAUGGAGACGCAGCCUUCCUGGAGGUGAGAGUGCAGCAGACCGUGGUGGAGUUCAUCCUGAUCCACAGGGAUCAGAUCUUCAACAACAGCACCAGCCCUCCAGCAGCAAAGAAAGAAGAGUGCAGUACAGAGACGAGGUGUGCAGCCCUCCCGGCCAGUGGCCAGUGUCCACCCAUGAAGCUGGUGAGUCUGGAGGAGGCCCAGGCGCGCUCGCUGGGGCCAAACCACCCAGCGCGGAGAGAGAGGCAGAGAGAGAACAGCCUUCCGGACGCCAGCACCGCCACCCUCUACCACACCGUCAUUGACCUGCCAGACAGCAAAAGGAAGUUUUCUGGAAAGUCGAAGAAGUGGAAGUCCAUAUUUAACUUGGGAAGGUCUAUAACGGAGUCCAAGGGGAAGCUGAGCAGGAAUGGCAGUGUGUUUGUCAGAGGCCAGAAACUCUCAGAGAAGGCCGCUAUUCGACCAGCCAAGAGCAUGGACUCCCUCUGCUCUCUGCCCACGGAAGAUGACGACAAGGACAACGAGUUCAAACGGUCCCCUGGCUCAAGCGGGCUCUUCAUGCCAGCCUUCAAAUCCCGAACGCUGGGCUCCGGCAGCUCUUACGACCUGAGCAAGACAGACCACGAGUGGGACUACGAGCCGGGACAGCUUCCGGGAGCAGAGGGAGGGGGGUCGCCUGGGCCCCCCCGGGACGCCAAGCCGGCGACAAAGACCACGCCGCCCCCGCAGAGCACUGUCCCGGAGCAGCUCAAGGUGUUCAAAGGAGAAGACCUGAGCAGGUGCGAGCCCACCUCCCCAAAGACCAGGAGGAUGUUCUACUCCACCAGCGCCAGCGACGGCACCUCCAAACCCGCCUUCCCCGGCAGCCUCUUCCCGCUGGAGUCCUCGCCGCGGCACCAGCGCAAGGCCCUCAACAUCUCGGAGCCCUUCGCCGUCUCCGUGCCCCUCCGGGUGUCCGCGGUCAUCAGCUCCAACAGCACGCCCUGCAGGGCGGCGGGCAAGGACAAGCAGACCCUCCUGUGCGUCAGCGAGGAGCCCUGCGCCAAGCCGAGCGGCGAAGGCCCCCUCCCGGAGCGCGGCGUCGGCAGCGGCACCUCCUUGUCCCCGAAGAGGAAUGAGAAGCACGUGACUGUGGUGAGCGGCGGGGAAGCCGUCAUCAUCAGCAUGGACGUCACGGACGGACACAAAGGACAAAAAACUGACCUGAGGGAAGGCCACGGGCAGGUGAUUGAGAUUUCCGAACCUCCCCAGCUUUCUGGACCUGUGUCAGGAGAAGAUAAAGCACACUCACAGACCGCCAAAGCUCAAGAACCUCCUUCGGAGCCUGGAAGGCAUGCCUUCUCACUGGGCCUUGAUGCUGCUACUCGAACGGAUUGUGCACAAACAAUCAAGCCCAGUGAUCUGCGGCCAGCUGACUCUGUAACACCUGAGAAGCAACUGGACAUUCUGCAGGAGCAGCAUCAGGGAAUGAGCACGUUAUCCGAGCUGGAUGGGACAUCAAAUUCAAUGGAUGAGCUGUGGCCUGAAAUUCAACUUGAGCUUAAAAUCAUUGAGCCAGAUGUUGAUCUUAUAGAAGACAAAUUUGAACCAAGCCCAGGUUUUACUUUCAAUACCAGUGAUGAUGUGCUGCCAAAUCCAAAUGUACAUACAAAGAGAAGAAGCAGUUUCCCAACAUACCCUCUGCUAAGUAUUGGACAGUCUGCAGUAGACCACAAGACAUUCAAGACAAGCCCGCAGGAUGAACACACACCCCAGACAGAUUUCAAGGGCAACUCAGAAAGAAGGCUUUCAUUUGAUACUAGUUUUGAGUUUAAUCCAAAGACAGAAAUUGGGAGAAAAGAAACUGAACAGAAACCUUUACACAAACAGAUGAGUGGCUCAGGGAGUAGAUCACAUCUUCCCCCAUUGUUGCAGUCCAAGGACAAAGACCGAAGGCCCUGCCCUGCUGUGGAAACACAAACCUUCCCGACUAAAAUCUCAGAGUCUGUUUCGGACUUGACCUGGGUAGGCCCAGUGGCCAUGAGAAGAGAUUCAGAAUCUGGCCCAGAAGAUGGUCCCAAGACCAAGGAAGUUCGCACAUCAAUCAAUCCUGCAGGUCUGAUAGAUGUAGCUGGAAGAUGUGAAAAAGCGGCCGAGGGUCCCAGACCUGUGCAAGCGGGUGAUAAAGAUUUCCCUGUGGAGCUCAGGAGAAGUAUUGUGAGGCUUUCGAAGCACAUGGAAGACCGACCACAAUCCCUUGACUUGAGUGAGAGGGAUGAGGAGGACACAGGGGCUUUAGAGUUGGUGGAGCCCUGGGAGGAUUACAGCACCACCACACAGUGGGUAACUAGCCCCCUCCAUUCACCGAAAGCAAAUGAUUUCUUUGAAAGGCCUGAGGGAGUGCCUUCAUGUGCGACCACAGAGAACAUCUUCUUCAACAAAUCAAACCCAACAGUCUCUGCUGAUACCAGACAAGGUAAGAAAGAACUGCAGGCGGAUGGAAUCAAACACACCAACCCCGAUUUCAGUUUCGAGCCGAUAUCUCUAGGAUGUGCGUUCCAGGCACAAGGGGAAAUGUCUUCCAAAAAAAGCACUGAUCUACAAUCACAGAAGCCUUUGCUGCCUCUUAACAACUCUGCAAAUCAGGUUGAAAUCAAUAAAAAAACAGGAACGCCCCCUGGGAAUAUCCAAACUGCAGCUCCCAGAGACUCAUUAAGCCACAUAGGGCCUGCAAAAGCUCAAACAAGGAAUCAUCCACGUUCAGAAAAGGAAAUGGACGCCACUUCUCAAAAACAUGCCAUGAAUGAGAUUCACAGCCUUACAUCCCAGGAGGUCUUGGAAUUGGACACACACAAGGAUAAUACAGUUCAGAAACACAGGCCAUCCUCCCUCAACUUAGAUCUCGGGAAACAGUUCACCCACCCUUACUUGAAAGAAACUUUGGGCAAUCCCCAUCAGCAAAACACAGACUUGUCCUCUGCAGCUUUUACCUUCAGAGGCUCAAUAACUCCAUCCGAGCCCCUCCGCGCAAGUGAGAAUAAGGGGAAAGCAAAGUAUAGCUCUUCAUCUUUGGAGCUAGAAAUGUUCCUGACAGACCGGCAAGCUCCAGUGCGCCGAAACUCUGCCCCCGUGAGCGUGUCUUCCAUCAGGACCUCCUUCAUGGUCAAGACGUGCCAGGCCAGGGCAGUCCCCGUGAUACCUCCGAAGAUUCAGUACACCCAGAUACCUCAGCCUUUGCAGGUCAAGAACUCCGAGUGUCAGCUGGAAAAAGAGCCCGAGAAAACCGCGGGAAGCUCCUCCAGCAAAAGGGAGCCCGAGCCCUCCCCACCUCUCCCGUUUGUUGGGGAUCCCAAGGAUGAGAAGGAGAACAACGAACCGGCUCCCAAGACCAUCAGGCAGGCCGGGGGUAAUGCCUCCGUCGAGAUGCCUUUGUCGAAAUCUGCAGCCCCAACAGAUCCUCCCGUGCUGAGACGCAAGCGCAGUUCCAACGGAGAAGCCUUCCUGGAUUCCCCUCUGUCCUCCAGGCUGGACAGAAGCCCGGGCCUACAGAAGCCUUCCUUCCGGGCUCGACCGAACAGGCCACAAAGCCUGAUAUUGUUCAGCCCUCCGUUCCCCAUCAUGGAUCACCCAGCCUCUGGAGAGGGCAACAAGUCACUGCUGUCCCCCAUCAAGAGUCCCACCGAGACAGCGGCUCUGGACGCCCUUUCCAAGGAGUUUCCCGACAACCUGAAGACUCCCGAAGGGGUCACCCUGAGAAAUAAAAUGACUAUGCCCAAAAGCGGGCAGAGGCUAGAGACCUCCACAAGCUGCUUCUACCAGCCUCAGAGAAGGUCCAUGAUAUUUGACAGUAGAAGUAACAGGCAGAUUGAAUGAAGCAACUUUUUUAAGAAAGAAAUUUUAUAGACUCCUUUUGUACCGGCCACAAAUCGAGGUGUUUUCCAGUAAAUGUGCCAAUGCUAAAUUAUCCUAUAGUACUGUUUUCGUAAGGCAUUUUGUGUUUUAGUUUAUAAAUAUGAGAAAGUUUUUAUUCUGAUGUUAACAUUAUAUAUGUAACAUCACGUCUGGCAUUAAAAAUUACGUUUUGUGUUGCACUAACCAGAUGGUGUGCCAAAACAGAAAAACUGAACAUAAUAUAUAUAAAAAAACAUAUAUCAAAUUGAAUUUAUAAAAUUAUAUUUCCCUUGAUAUUUUCUUUCAGAUUCCUGAAUUUCAACAAUAUGUUCCUAAGGAAUGAUUUUAGUAGGAAAGGUAGCCAGCCUCUUCUUUACAAGCCUAACUCUAACAAAACUGGAAAUACCAGCUGUGUUGGUCUCUGCUACUGGUGCUGUGUGCACACAGGUUUAGGUCAUGUGUGUUACUACUUUAAGAUGUGACACCUGUAAUGAGAUGAACUGGAUGUAAAAAAAAACAAUCUUUAUACAGUUUAUCCUAAUGAUUUGUUUAGCUGGGUGAGAUCAGACAGCAUGGUUUUAAACAACUUUGACAAGCAAAGAAAAAGGUAGCAACAGGAAAAAUUCAUUGUUCUCGUACUGUAGCCACAUCUACUGGGCUUCAAGUUACGGAAGCUUGUUUCUUUCAUGAGUUUCUCAAAGAUGUUCCCAACUGUCUCUUUGUUUCUUCAUAAAUAUUUUAAGCAGGCCAAAAAUACAAGAAUGCCAAGGUAAUGCAAUUUAAGAGGAUUUCUACCUUACAUUAUUUCUUACUUUUCUUUAGUUUCACUAUCCAAUAGAGAAAAAAAGAAAGGGCAAUUUGCUAGAUUCUAAAGUGUGUGAGGGUAAUAAAGACCUUUUCUUCAUUGUAAAGCUCUACAUGAGCUCUGUUGGCUUGUUAAAGAUACUAUACUGGAUUUCACAGGGUAUAUAUCACAGUUGUCUGAGGAAGAUACAGUCUGACACAGUCUCUCGUGUGGCCCUCAAGACUGGGCAUCGUGUAAGUCAGACGAUUAACCCUACAGUAUGGUCUAAACACCCUGAAAUUUCUCACAAUUUAGACUUAACUCGCAAGUGAGUUGUUUAGCUUGUUCAGUAUGAGCCUGUUUACUCAUACUGGGUAAUAGACACAGCAGAUAAUCAUCUGCUUUCAGGCAGUUAUGCAUCUGGCACCGUGUCAUUUUGUGAUCUUUAUCUUCCAUAAACAGAGCGGGGCCCCAGUUAAAGGCAAUGUCUCUUUAUAUAAAUAGGAGGUUUCUGUUUUUUGAUUUAAAAGAUAGGUUUACAAUACAGUGUCAUCUGCUGGAAAGAUGCGCUUUUUAGAUAUGGAACUGAUUCCAUACAUGUUCAAAUCACUGUUUAGGUUCUGCAAUGUGUAUGGCUUUGCUUUGUGCAUCGGAUUUCUUCAUACAGGAAAUGAGUGGGAAAAGGCAAAAUAAAGAACAAACAUGUACCCUGUCCCUCUCCAAAAUGAGCAUAGGUUUCGGACCAUCCUGAUGGUUCUGUAGGCUUGCAGCGAUUCCAUGAGCUCCUUCAGGUCCCUGGCGAACAGGACGUCUUGUUGAACGCACCUUAGAGUUUUCUGUGUGUGGAUUUGAGCGAAGAGGUUAGGAGGCAGGCAGCUGGAGACAUGGACUCAUCUGACAGCCCUAUCUGUGAGGAUAGUGACGGAUGUAUGGAGCGCAUUUAGGGAAAGUAGGGAAAGGUCAUAGGUCGAGAGUAUGCAAAGGCCUAUGCUGUGCUUAGUGCACCUCCACACCUCCCAUAAGGCCUGUGCUAAUGAAAAAAAGAACAUGAAUAAUUUAAGUUUUAAACAUGAAACACUUAGAAAUAAACUGGAAUUAAAAGAUUUUUUAAAUUUGAGUUUAAUGCUGUACUUUAUGGAAUACAAAAAAAAUAAUUGAGGCUAGUUUUACCUGAUGUGUAGAUACUGCCCCCUGUUGACCAUUGCAGAGAACAGCUGUGGGAAUAUAUUAUCAUGAAAUUGUGGGUAGAUAUUAGGGCAGCAUUUUUCACUGUGGUGUUUUGGGAACGAGGUAUGCACAGAAUAAGUAGAAAGGUAAGCAAUGUAGGUCAGCCGAAAAUACAGCUGACAGGACUAGUCUUAAGAAGGUGUAGAAUUCAGAAGUGAACGAGGGUGAGAAAUUAAAGCUUCAGUUUGUCUCCUGACAGCUGUUCACACGUGUCAUCCCAUGUUUUGACAGAGCCGAGAGCUAACAAAGUGCUUCUUUACAAUCAAGACUUAACUGAUGAAGUGCUGUAUCACAGCCACACUAAGAGCACAGAGACAGUGCCCUGAACCUUUGCACAGAAGCACAGCAGGGCCCCAACGAGCCCUGAAUCAUAUAUAGGAUUUUCUUAAGACCCUUUACAAUUGAUUACACAAUACUUUCCCCUUUUUAGAGGUGCAGACACCUGUUAAAUAACACGGAGCCUAGUUUGAACAAAUAAACCUAUGCAGCCCAUUUAUUUUUUAAAUAAUUAAAAUGACUACUUCACUGAGAACAUGGGUGGGACAAAAUCCAGAAGACACUGGGCCCUGCAGGAGCUGAGUCUGAGACCACCGGUUACUUAUAUAACAGGGGUUUCUAGCCCUGAUUGCAGUGAGCCCAAAUCCAGUUAGUCUGACAGGUCACCUGAUUUUAAAGAUCGACAACUGUGAGCUACUGAUGAAUCAAGCAAGCAAUCUGUUCCCUAAAGACAACUCACAUUUUAGUCACAAUUUCUUUCUAAAUGACUUCAAUUAACAUAUCACCUGUUUAAUUGAUUGCAAUGAAAUUGGUAUCUUGAGAAAUUGGUGAUUUAAUGGUGAUCUACAGCAGCUGCUGGACUGGUGUUUUUUAUUUCUGGUAUAUGCAGUAACAUUCAACAAACAAAUGACAUGAGACACGAUCGAUUAAAGACUCAGGAUAAAGCACUUUAAAGCUUGCUGAAGCUAAAGCAAAACAACUUAGUUUGUGUAGAAGAAGAAAUGGGACAGAGAUCUGAGAUAGAAGAGAUUUGUAGGACCUGUUAUCUUAGUGGUUAGAAGAAGAGAUGUUUGAGGAAGUCAAAUAGAUGAGGUGUAACUCUCCCAAAGAUCCACAGUUUAACUUUCUAAGACAUGGUAGAUAAGAACAGGCCAGAGCAAGAGACUCCUAGCUGAAACCCAAGCCCAAAAUAUUAUUUUUAUAUUCUCUCUCUUUCUGGGUGGGGCUUUAUUAUGCUGAUAGGUCGCAAUUUAACACUUCAAUUAAAGAACAGCUGCUUGAAAUUAUGCUGAUUGUCUCAUGUAGGUGUUCUCAGUAGGUCAUGUAAAUUCUCCAAUUAUUCUAGUCAUAUCCAGGCAGGCAAUUUUAAUUAAAGAAUAGUGUUGCAAAGCUUACUUUAAUUGCAUGAUCAUUAAAAAAAACACCUUUGAAUGCGAUUAACAAAAAAGGGCUGGAGAGAGGUACAAUCUGUGUAUUCUACGGAGGCGAAGAGUUUUGCAUUUUUCAGAAGGGAGAGCAAUGCAGUGAGGAUUUAGGCAGGUGUUAACCGAACCCCUAUAAAUAAGGUCCCGUCACUGAAACUCUUAAGGAACUUUGUCAUGGCCAGGGUCCAUCAUUAAACUUCAGGACACAGUUGUAAGGAGCAACAUCCGGUGGCCUCUGCUAUACUGUACAUUAUACUGCCACACUGCUGCAGGAACAGACACUGCUUCGUAAGUCUGGGUCUGUCUCUCAAGAUCUUGGUUGUUCCGUUAGCUGUGACAAGCCCAGAGGUCUUUAGUGGAAUCUUCUGCAAGGCCGAGGGAAUUUACUUACUGCUGUAAACUACCCUAAUAAAUAUGCCGCGUGUCAAA